AUGUACUAUUCAGAUUACGUGAUUAUUAUUGAGUAUUUUUUGAUAUAAAUUGGAAAUCAAUCUCAAUUUUUGCAAUUAAUAAUAUUUAAAAUUUUCAGUUAACAACUCUAUAGUUGUAUCUCAUACAACUCAAUUUUUGGGUCUAUAAUGGAAUCAAAUAAUUUGAGAUUAGAAAUAAUGGUCCUCAAAGACUAAGAAAUGUAUCCAAAGAAUUGCAAAUACUAUAAAAAUUUCAUUUACCUCAGAAAUUAUUGCUAGUGUUCAUCUAGAAAAUAUUGUCUUUUUAAUUAUUUAUUCUUACGAAAGGUAAUUUUUAAAGAAUUACGAAAAGCUUAAGGAGCCUGAUGAAUCAUCUUUUUGCACAUAUUUCCAUCACUAACAGCAAGCCAAUCAACAGAAAAGAGCCAGAAGCAUAAAAAUUGAGGUCUAAAUGAACUUCUUAAAGUAUAUGCAAUUCCUUCUAUAUUUGGAUCGAAUUUGGAGAUCAUUAUGA